UUUUGCGGUUAGGCGUCAGGUGAAACUCGCUCUGGGAGGAAAAAAAAAAGGGGAUAGAUGAAAACUUACUACGUCGAACUUUCUGGAAAGUUUUUUUUUUUAUAUACUAUUUAUGAUUUUAAUCACCAAAGGAAACUUUUAAAACCAGAGACCAACAUUUAACAAGAUGAAGAGCCUCAAGUAUCGAUUGAAAAAGCACGAAGUUACGAUCACAAACACAGACUGGAACAAGUAUGACGACCGGCUGAUGAAGGCGGUGGAACGUAGCGAGGUGGACAAGGUUGCUGCUGUUCUUAGCAAGAAGGGCAUCAUCCCCACCAAGCUCGACGUAGAAGGACGUUCUGCCUUUCAUUUGGCCGCAACACGAGGACACCUGGAAUGUCUCAAUCUCAUCCUGGGACACAGUGUUGACAUCACUGGGACUGACGCCACUGGUAAAAAUGCUCUCCAUCUGGCUUGCAGAAAUGGACAUUCGCUUUGUGUGCAGAAACUCUUGCAGCACAACUGUCCAGUUGGGAAUGUGGACCUACAAGGAAGAACCGCUCUACAUGAUGCUGUCAUGGCCGGCUGCUCCUCCAGCGUGAAACUUCUCUGUGACAGCGGAGCGUCUGUGAAUGCCAGUGAUUUUGACGGGAGGACACCUCUGGUUCUUGCAACCCAGAUGUGUCAUCCACGCAUCUGUCAGCUGCUGCUGGAGCGAGGGGCUGACAUCACCACGAGGGACAAACAAAACAAAACGGCGCUGAUCCUGGGUUGUGAGUUUGGCUGUAAGGAUGCGGUUGAGGUGUUGCUGAAGAACGGCAUUGACGUGAAGGCAGUUGACGGUUUGGGCCACGAUGCAUUUCACUACGCUCGCCUCAGCAAGAACCAGGAGCUUGCUGCAAUAGUCAAAAGUUAUCUCGAUAAAGUCUCAAGAGAUAAAGAAGCUGCAAAGAUGGAACAGUGGAAGCGACAGCAUUCAGUGGAGAGAUCAGAGGCUGCUGAGGCUUGUAGAAGGGAUCAGAUCAUACAUGAUUUAGAGAGGCAGAACGAGACCAUGCAGGAGAGUCUCAGAAAGUACCACCAGGAGCAGAGAGUCCUUUUAGAUAAGGUCAAUAUGCUGCAACAACAGCUCACACAGGAGAAGAUUACUGUGGAAGACACUCAGAAAGAGAGGGAGCAGUUGAAAGUGUUACUCAGUGCCAAAGAAAGAGAGGAAGGGGCUCGAGGCUUGGAGACUGUCAAAGUCCAGCUCCGGAGCACUUUGGGGGAUUACUCCGGGCAGUCUGUUAUCAAAGGUAAAGAGAACUCUUUCAUCAAACAAGCUCACAGCCUGGAUUCUGAUCAGACACCUCAGAAAGUUGCAAUGAUGCGUUCCAUGUCCCGACCUCCAGAGAGGAGUCCCACUGCUGUGGCCUGGGACCUCUCUGGUGAACUGGACACACUCCGACAUGAGCUCGAGGCCGUUAAGAGAAGACAACAGGCAGCAGAUGAAGAGACGGCACGGCUUCAAUCUGCCUUGAACCGUAAAACCCGAGAAUGCCAUGAGCUGGUCCAGAGCCGAGACGCCAUCCAGAAGCAGGCAGACCAGCAGGUGCAAGAGCUCGAGGACGCCUUGGGGGAUGUCCAGAAGAGGAUGCUGGAUUCUGAGUGUAAAGUCAAGCAGCUCCAAGCCCAUGUGGUCGCCGUUAAAGAACAUUUGGGAGGCCAGUCGACUGAGGAACUGCGUGCCCAGCUGCAAGAUAUCAAAGCCAAGUAUGAAGGUGCUUCAGCAGAAGUGGGCCGCGUUCGUAACCGUCUCAAACAGAGUGAGAAGGCCUUAGAAGAGUACAAGAGCAGCGAGAGCCAGCUAGCAGCCGAGGCAGAGAGGCUGAACCAAGACCUGGGAGCUCUGACUGCAGAAAGAGAUGAACUAGGCGAAACCCUUUUAGAAAUGGAAGACCAGCUGAAGGAGGCCCAGACUAAACAUGGCAACACAGUUCCUGCUGAGAAGUUUGACAACAUGAAAAACCUGCUGACCAACGCAGUCGAUGAAAAAGAACGGCAGAUUGCUGAGCUGAGGGAAGACUACGAUCGCGUGCUGGAGGAGGUGGCUGAGCUCCAUCAAAAGCUGGAUGGUCCAUCAUCACACGGGGGAUCAGGGGCGAUGUCUGAGGAGCAGCAGAGGAUACUGGGAGCUCUGGAAGAGCAAAAUGCAACACUGAAAAGAAAACUGGUGGAUUUGACUUCAAAAAGUCAGACUCUGAUUCAGGAGGUGGAGGAGACUGAAGAGGAAAGAGAUAUCUUACGAGAGCAGCUGGAUGAGUUUAACAGCAGGAUCGGGCUCGACCUUAUACCCAUUAAAGAUCACGAUGAAGCUCGGAGGAACAUGGUGACCGCGUUGGAGGACCUGGAGGACAAACUGGUGGAGGCCAGUGAACGCUACGGAAAAGCAGAGGCACAAGUACAGCAGCUUCAGGCGGAGAGGACCUCGCUGCAGGAGAAUAUCAGCAGCCUCAAAAUUGCUCGUGAAGAGAAGCAGACCGAGACGGAUGAUCUGAGAUCUCAAAAUGCAGACCUGAUGAAGAAACUUGAAAUUUUGCAGAAGAAAUGUGACGAUAGAGAUAAAGAAUGUGUACAACUGAGCACACAGAGCCAGACUCUGAAAGAGAGCUUGGAGGGCGAGUAUGUUCCCAGACAGCAGCAUGAGCAGGUGAAGGUGGAGUUUAGCUCCACCUUAGAGAGUGUUAAAGCUGAGAUGUUGAAGUUGGAGACCAAGGGAAGAGAAAGUGGUGAAGAACUGAAGAAUGUGAAAGAAAGAAACGAUAUGUUGAAAGAAGAGUGGGAAAAAGUCCAGUUGGAGAUGAAAACAGACUAUAUAAGUAUUAAGGACCACAAAUGUGUCCUAGAUAAGUUGAAUGCUGCUGUGGUGGAGGCAGAGAAUAGAGCAAAGGAAGCGUCUGGGAUGCAUGUGUCGGCUCAGGAGGAAAACGUCAGACUUACCCAAGAGUUGGAGGCUCAGAAAAUAGAACUUGAUACCAUACAGGAAGCUAUUCAGUCUAAGUUUAUCCCACUGACAGCAGCCGAGGAGAAAGAAAACUCCUACAGCACCCAGGUGAAGGAGUUGACAGUAAAGCUGUUGGAAAUAGAAGAGAAAUAUAACAAAGAAAGGUCUGCUGGAGAGAGCAUCAAACAGGAGAAAGAGAAACUAAAAGUUGAGAUGGAAUCUGUUCAGCAGAGACUGGACACUGCGAUAGUCACCAGUGAGAAGCACAAAGACGUGGAGGGAGAGUUCAAGGGUAAAUUUGAAGAAUUGACCAAGAAGUUGGUCGACUUAGAGCUGGAGUACGAGGAAUUAACACGGCAGAAAGCUGAUCUUCAGGAGCAGAAUGCCCACUGCAACACACAGAUCCAGAACCUCCAGGAGCGUCUGAAAUCAGAGUUGACCCGGAUUGCAACAUAUGACACGGAGCUUAAAGCCCUCAACGAUGCCAUGCAGCAAGCCCAGGCUGACUGCAAGAAAGCGAGAGAGGCUCAGCAGGAGGAGGCUCAAAGGGUUUGUGCCUUACAAAAAGAGCUGCAAGAACGCCACGGGGAUCAGGCUGCUCUGCUGCUCGAACACGCAAAAGCCAAUGACGCCCUGGAGGCUGAGGUUGCUAAGCUUCGGCUUGUUCUUCGAGAAGAGGAGGAGAACAACGCCCAGAGAGCCGAAGACGUAUCUGCUCUGCAAUCUGAGCUCCUUCAAGCCACACAGGCUCUUGAGGAGAUUCACUACCCGGAAGACCAAAUGAACGAGCUUAAGAAGGAGAAGCGGCAGCUGGAGGAGGAGGCUGCCAACCUGAGCAACAAGCUGCUGAGCUUAGCGGAGGAGUGUGAGGAAGCCCAACGGGGAGCCACGCGAGCAAAAGAGGGGGAGACCAGAGCCAGGGCGGAGAUGGAGGCCGUCCAGGAGAAGAGACACGCCAUUGAGAGAGAAAUCAGAGAGCUUAAAGAGAGAUAUGAUGAGUCUCUCAGCACCAUCUGUGACCUCCAGAAGAGAAUUCAGACAUCAGCUCAGCAGACUGAAUCUAAAGACAAGAAGAUCACGGAGCUGCUGACAGAUGUUGAGCGAUUGAAGCAGGCCCUGAAUGGUCUGUCACAGCUGGCCUACACAAGCAACGUGCCCAACAAGAGACAGACGCAGCACAUGGACACACUCCAAGCCCAGAUCAAGAGCCUACAGCAACAGCUGGCUGAUGCUGAGAGGCAACACAGGGAGGUGGUUUCAAUUUAUCGAACUCAUCUUCUGAGUGCGGCACAGGGUCAUAUGGACGAGGACGUCCAGGCCGCCUUACUGCAGAUCAUCCGCAUGAGACAGGAGUUUGUCUGUUAAAGCUUUCGCCCAACAAAACAAAACGCUACCUGCUGACUCCAACCGUCAUUUUCACUUCUUCCACUGCAGAUGGUCCCUGCUGUGGCCCCCAUGGGUGUCCAGUUUGUGUGCGUGUGCGUGUGUGCGUGCGUGUGUGUGCGUGCGUGUGUGUGCGUGUGCGUGUGCGUGUGCGUGUGUGUGUGUUUGUGCCUCAGUAAAUGUGUCCAAUCAGGCUGCUCUGAAACUCAUCUCCUUUCAUGUAGAAUGGCUCCUCUUUGCUACCUGGAUUCCAAAUCUAUGUGUUGUAGUUGAAAGUGAAUACCUGUAGAUCAUAGUUACACAGUCCAGUCUAUGCAUAAACCAUAAAUGCACGAAAAUUAAACUGAUGUUGUAUCAAUGAAAGUAUCAGUCUGACCUCUAAACCUGUUUAAUAAACUUCAAGGGAGAAGGAGCAUUUCUAUUGCAAAGCAUUAAGUGAAGAUGCUGUUCCUUACAUUUCUGAACAAUUAUAUCUAUGCAUUUAAACCCCCCCCCGUACUCACUGAGUACGGGGGGGGGGUGUGAUCUUGUGAUCUAAUGAAUUGUAGGUCCUUUUCAUGGAUUAGUUACACCUUUCAUUUAAUUCAAAUUCAAUUAAAAAGGCUUUCUGAUGAUAUAAUAGUAAGUAAAAAAGAAAAGAAAAAAGUGGAUAACUUCUUCAGUUUUGAUGGAUAUUUCCUGCUGUAUUUGUAUUUUCUAAAGCAGUGCCUCCUUGUUGAGCUGCAGGGACAGUAUAGUUACAAAAAGUGAAUUUUGUACUAAACAGACUGUAGCAUAGUGGGGAAAACAUACAUUUCAGAUAACUUUGCAGUGGAUUAUCUUAGAGAUUGUGGACUGAAGAUUUUGUCCCUCAUCACUUAGACUAAAGGCGUAUAAGGAAGGCACCUUUUAAUGCCUAGUUUGAAGAACAAGGGGAUUAUAACAGACAAAACCUGUUACAUGAGAUCAUUGUUGUAGAACAGACUGGAAGCCCAUUUCAAUCUACAUGAAGGACUCUCCAUUUCAGUCUACAUGAAGGACUCUUCGCAAAAUGCAUUUAACUGUAGCUCUAAUGUGUCAUCAGUGACCAUUAGUCAGAUAUAGCAGGCGUCUUUCAGUCUCUUCAGUGUGAAAUGUUCUCUUUGUGUUUCCUCAGACGGUGUCCUUGCUGAGCCGCCGACAUGACAUGCAAAAAGAACAAAUUCUGCACUAAAAUGUCUGCUACCUUGAAAGCUGCCUCCGUGCUUUGGCUAACUUGUGACUCUAUAAAUGUACAUAUCGGUAUUGGCGUAUAAAGGGAGACCUUGAACCUGUCCUUUUUAAUAUUUUUCAUAUCAGUUGUGAAACUUCAGCUACUUCUUUGAGGCUAAACAUCUCAUGGCACAUUUCUUCAUCUUCAGGUUUUCCAAACUAGCACCUUUAUUUUCUAAUUACUCCAAAUACCAAAGAUCUGAAGAAGGGGGGGGGGACAUCCAAAUCUUAAACUAUUUGCUGUUCUGGUACAUAGUAGAUAGUACUGUGACAGAUUUGGAGAGCUAUCAGUUAUGUCGCUCACAGAGCAUCACACAGAGCAUCAAGUCUGGACUUGGGUUGUGCUGGAUUUGAGUCGUGGGGCGUGUGGAGUGGAGGUCUCUUGCUGUGUCCUACAGUUUGCAGUGGCACGUCGUCCUUUUGUUGAAACCAGAGUGUCCUCUAGUGGUGAGACUUGGCAGGCCAAGUUGAUAGAAAUUGUAAUAAUCAGUGUGGCCCAGGGGUGGGCAGCAGUUGUUUUAGGAAGCUCUUAUAUCUUCUGCAUGCAUUCAACCUCAGAAAUGUAAACUCAAUCUUACAGAUAAUCAAGAGAUACCAAGUAACACUAAACUGAACAAGAUGAAUCUACUAGAUUUGGUAUUUUUCACUACUACAUUUGAACAAAACACAUUAUAAAGACUGCAUCUGCCCCUACUGAAUUUUGUCUAAAUAUAGAAGCUGAUUAAUGCAGCAGUGAACUUUGCAGCUCUCUUAUGACGAGUGCUGCUUACCCCUGAGCCAUCUCUUUGUGACUCUUGAUGGUGUAGUGUAGUGGUGUUGUGAUUGUUGAGCGAGUCUCUCAUGCCUUAACACCGUUAUAUUUUUCAUAGAUUUGUACUACUUUGAUUACUGUACUACAGUGUGACAUUUGUGAUAUUCAGCAGGUCUGGAAGUAGAACGGCACAAACAUGGUCAGGGUAACAUUUACCGUAGGAAGCCAUUCAACAGAAAUAGAACACAUCCCCUCUUAUUUAUGUGGACGUACAUGUGUUAUUCGAAGCACUCCUGUCUUUAUGCUCCUGCCAUCACAUUUUAGAACACACACAGUUAAAUGUUUUUUAUAUUUCGGACAAACUCCGUUUUCACUAACAUCUAGUUUAGAAACGUUACCAUGGGCAUUUUGUGAUGCAGAUUUCUGGGGAUGAAAACUAACUUUCUGAACAUUUCUUUCUGUCUUCCCUCUACUGCUAACAUUAUCUAUACAUCCAGGUAAAUCUCUUAAUAAGUAAACGAUAUACCAAUCUGUUUAUUUCUUGACAAUAAUAUUUGUGUUUGUGAAUCACUAAUACAAAAAUCAAUAAAGUGCCUAACAUAGAAAACUA